AAUGGGGUCUAAUCCAUCUCUAAUGUUGUUUCUCUUCUUUCUUCUUGUUGGAUUGGCCUCUUCAUCCUACAUUUCAAAUCAUGCAUUGGAGCCUAGCGGAUUGAGAGGUCGUACCCUUCUUCAAGCAAAAGCAUCUUGCCCUGUAAACUUUGAAGCUCAGAACUACACAAUCAUCACUAGCCAAUGCAAAGGGCCGAAUUACUCUCCAAAACUCUGCUGCGAUGCCUUCAAGGAAUUCGCCUGCCCUUUUGCUGAUCAAGUGAAUGACAUGAAAAACGAUUGUGCAUCAACCAUGUUCAGUUACAUUAACAUGUAUGGACAUUAUCCUCCUGGACUUUUUGCGAAUUUUUGCAAGGAUGGCGCCCAGGGCCUUGAAUGUGCAUCUGCAGAAGCAGAAAGUCCCAAGAAAAAUGGGGCGCUGAAAACUGCUCAAUCAACUGUGCUGGUGCUGGCAGCUGGUUUCUUGACGUUUUUGUUGAAUGCCUUCUAAAACUCAAGAACA